AUAUGCCUAGCCUAUUUGCCUAGUGUGUGUUGUUAUAUAGGUAACUCAAAGUUAACCUCAUGUUAACCUUAUUCUUGUCAUCUUGUCAUUUAAAACAGCAUUGUAAUAUUUGUUUGUAACCAUACUCGUUUUAAAAAAUCGGAAACCUUUAAUAAUAUAAUUAUUUUUAUGAAUAUAUCAAUAUAUUGUUCAACAUGAAAGUUAAAAAACAGCAUCGUAAGAAAAAAUACUUACAUAAACUUAACAGAAAAAGAAUGCACAACAAACAACGAAGUACUGGCGAUGUAAAAUGUAAGGUACUGAAAGAAGCCUGGAAUCACAAAAAGUCUUCGUAUCGUAAUCUUCACGAAAUGGGUCUUGCAAAUGAUCCAAAUAAGGUUAUUAAAAUCCCGAACUUUAAACAGGAACAGCUACGAAUAGCGAAAAAAAUAGUUAAUAACGGUGAAACAGAUGAUGAGGAGACCACUGUAACUAGAGUUCCUCCUAAAAUACGAGUUGCAGAGGCAUUAGAAAAAGAAGCAAAGGCACCAAGGGAACGGAAAUUUAUGCUACCAAAGGGGCAGGUGGAAUUUAUAACAUACUUACUAGAUAAAUACGGACAUGAUUAUAAAGCAAUGGCAAGAGAUAAAAAGAACUACUAUCAAGAGACAUGGAAACAACUACGGUCUAAAAUAAAAACCUUUAUGGGUAUACCAAAACAAUAUGGCGAAUAUCUUAAAUCUAGAGGAUUAUUAGAAAAAGAUGAAAAUGAGGAAGAAUUAAAGCAACAGGCUAAAGCGUUAGUAAUGGAUGAUAGUGAUUAAGAAAUAUUUUACAUAAGGCAACUUUGAAGUGAUAGCAUUAAAUAUAAUCAAAAGAAAUAAAACAGUCAUGGUGACUUACAUCAAAUAUUUUUUUUAUUAAACUUAUAAAGUAUGUAAUUCAGUACAAUGGAUUCAUUAAAUUUACUGAGUUUGACAUUCA